GACUUUUGAGUAACCUUCGGGUUAGCAUUAUCUCAAAUUAUCAACCGGAUCACGGGCGAAUGUGCUACCUUUUUUCACUGUUUAGUGGGUAUUCCGAGUGCCCUCUUUUAUUUAACACGUGUAAGUUGUUUACGUGCUUUGUUAUCGUGAACGUUUAAUGUUAUCUUACGGAGCUUAUAAGUAUUUGAGUUACAUCUGUGACCGAAUAGCAGGAAAUAAUCUAUAUUUACAAUGUCACUGCUUACGAUAUCUUUAAAGGUUUUUUCAAGAAUUUUUGAAAAGCGCUACUUAUAAGUAGUGUACCUAUAUAUAGGUAGCGUUAACGCUACCUUCAGAUUCACAAUUCUGACCAUACCUUCUCCGAAAUUGUAUUCAGUCAUGAAAAAAUAGCUUCAUGUCGCACAUUAUAUUUACUGAUAGCCCAUCACUUUCAAGUGCUUUAAUAUACUCUUGACUUCUUAAAUUAGUUAAAAGCAAUGGAUGAACCGCAAUUUUCUGUUUUGGAGGUAAUUAGAAAGCUUGGCAUAGUACCUAUCUACGGAUGGGAAGCUCGCUUUGAUCACAAAUACAAAAUAAAAUGCCGUCCUUUUACCGUGCCACGGGCUUCGCAGAUGAGUGAUAUUCUGGGAAUGUCUUUUCGAUACGCUUUCCGGUUUUACAUAAAGAAGCGUUUUAUUCAGCACCGAUCGCCCUUUAUUGAUGCCGUUUCUCACGUGCCAUGGAGACCCAUAUAUGGCGUGCCGAUUGGAGGUAUUGGCAGUGGUUCUAUCGGGCGUGGAUAUUGUGGGGAGUUUUGUCGUUCAAGCCUGAUACCAGGUAUGUACUGUUACGACGUACAACCUGUUGAUCAAUUCAUCGUAACAGUCCGAAAAAGCGAUGUUACUGUUUAUCAUCAAGUUCUGUCACCAUUAACGAAACCUCCAUCAAAUGCCAAAAGACUAAAAAAGUGGAAAUGGGGUUUUGAUCCAGAAAACGGUCAUUACGUUGGUUUAUAUCCUAGAUCGUGGACAGUUUAUGAAAUACCUGAACUUCAACUUGUAUUAGUUUGCCAACAGAUAUCCCCUGUUAUACCGCAUGACUAUCAGGCAACAUGUCUUCCGGUUGCUAUAUUUUAUUGGAAAGUUAUAAGCUGGAAUAAUGAAGAUUUAAGAGUUACUAUCACAUUUUCAUGGCAUGGCCCCAAUCCUCGUAAACGAUCUAAAUCAAGUGAUGUUUCCAAAUCUGAGAACGGGAAUAAUAGCAACGAAAAUACUGCAAAUACUCAUGUUUCCACUUCAGAAAAUGCUUCUCCAGUUUACUCUCAACGAUCCACUGCUUUUUCUGCUGGUGAUAAUGUACUAGGAUGCCUUUUAGAAAGAACUAUUGGAGGUGAACUACCUUGUUGUUUUGGUAUCGCAGCUAAAUCAAUGGACAAAGUCGAAGUGAGUCGGUGUCCAGGCUUUUGCUUUCACGAUAAGGCGUUGCAUGGUACCUUGCAUGAUUCCAGACAUAAUCCUGAAGUUAGUGGCAAUGGUCACUCAGAUCUGAUAACUUAUCUUUCCUACACUAAAGCGCCAUCUGCUUCACAAUUCUGGAAUAAUCUCCAGUAUGGUCAAAUACCUCCCGAUUUCCAUUCAAUUGGUUAUACCGUGCCACUGGAUUCUGAAGCCAAGAAAUCACCCAAACUAGCAAUUGCUGUAAGCGCCACAACUAAUGUACCCCGAUGCAACAUCGCUAAUAAUCUUAAUCCUAGUCAAAGCGAACUUGAAUUUGCCAUCACUUGGCAUUCUCCAAUAGUAAAAUUUCGAACAGGUGACGUUGUUUAUACUCGUCGAUAUGUUCGUUGGUUUCCUGUUGACGGAAUACCUGGAGCUAAGUUGCUACUAAAACAUGCAAUAGAUAAUUGGAGGCAAUGGGUCCAGAAAAUUGAGGAUUGGCAAAAUCCUAUUCUUAACAACCAAUCGCUUCCAAAUUGGUAUAAGUCUGCUUUAUUCAAUGAAUUAUAUUAUCUUAGUGAUGGUGGAACUGUAUGGCUAGAUCCAAUUCAAGUUGAUUGUUUUAAAUCAGAUCUGCUAAAUUGUAUACCACUAGACCUUGUACGAAGUUACAAAAAUGGUGUAGAUCUAGACCCGUAUAAGUUAACUGGUCGCAAAAUUAAAACUCCAACUACAGUAACUGAAGAUAUGAAAGUCGACUCUUGGGAUCAUCGUGCUAGAUUAUCACGUGAAAUAGGUUUAUUUGGAUAUCUUGAAGGUCAUGAAUAUCGAAUGUACAAUACAUAUGAUGUACAUCAUGAUGCAUCAUGGGCUUUAAUCAAAUUAUGGCCUAAAAUACAACUGGCUUUAAAUUAUGAUUGUGCCGAUUUGGCUAUCGCUGAAGACUCAACUUCAGUCUAUUACAUUUAUAAUGGGAAAAAGCUAUCCAGAAGUUCCGAGUGUGCGGUUGUUCAUGAUUUUGGUGAUCCGGAAGAUGAACCUUGGCGAUGCACUAACGCCUACAUAAUGUUUCCUACUGAUAAAUGGAAAGAUUUGAAUUCGAAAUUCAUCUUACAGGUUUGGCGCGAUUGGCAUAUUACACAAGACCAUCAAUAUUUAUUGUAUAUGCUUCCUAUCGUUUUGAGAAUUCUGAGGAAGUCUUUGGUAGCAUGGGAUUCUGAUGAUGACGGACUAAUUGAGAAUUCAGGCUUUCCUGAUCAAACAUAUGACGUAUGGACUGCAAAAGGCUUAACUGCUUACACUGGUGGCAUAUGGCUCUCUUGUCUAUAUGCUACAUUUGAUAUGCUCUCUUGGUGUCUAAAAAGUGAUUCACCUGUAUAUGAUCAAAUAGUUAAUAAUACAGAUGAUACUCAACGUUCUUGGAGAGAAGUUAAAGAUGAAAUUCAAGCAUUAUUCACUAAAGCACGUGAUUCAUACAAUGCCAAACUAUGGACAGGUUCGUAUUACGCUUUCCAAACACACUGUACUCGUAGACGUGAAGUUAUUAUGGCCGGUCAGUUAAGCGGAUAUUGGUUUUCCCGUAUCACUGGAGUUCCGCCGAACUUGAUUUUACCCAAAAAUCAUGUAGUGAAAACCCUACAGACAAUUUCGAAUUGCAAUUGGCAUGGUAUAGAAAAUGGUACUAUAGGUGCAAUUAACGGUUGUCGUCCAGUCUGUAAACCUGACCUUAGUAGUAUUCAGGCAGAAGAAUUCUGGGUCGGUGUGAACUAUUCACUUUCUGCUCUUAUGAUAGCCGAGGUAUGGACCGGCUUAAUAGUUAUUUCAAAAAUUUGUUUCCUCGUUAAUCUUUAGUAUGUUACGUUGCAUUGAUGAAUUCUCAUUACUUCUAAUUCACAUCAAAGUCAUGCGAAACCUUUGAUGUAUAAAUCACACUAUUUCCUACCUUGAUUAGUCAGUUGAGUAAGAUCUUUGUGUACCACACAAUUUUAUCAUUUGAUUCUUAAAGUUCAUUGACGUAUUGUUUGAAUAUAAUAGUCAAAAUUCAUAAUUGAAUCUACCUAGUGGACAUUCAGUUGUUUCAUAAUAUAGAGGAAUGAUUAACGAGGGAUUGGCUCUCGGCGAAAAAUGCUACAACACUAUUUACAAUCUUUACGGAUUGCAAUACCAAACACCUGAAGCAUACAUGUCCGAUGGUCGUUUUCGUUGUCCUGGAUAUAUGCGUGCAUUGGCUAUUUGGAGUAUUCAACAGGCACUAGAAUUCACCAACAUAUACAAAUACUCAGAUGCUUCAAAAUUUAGUGCUACAUUUACAGACAUUUAGGCUUGAAAUAGUAAAGAUAAUUCAAUAAGCAAACAAUUGUACCUAAAUUUAUACUGUAAGCCAUACUGAUCCUUUGUUAACUUGUUUGUUACAUUUCGAGUACUUUAUUUUUUAUGAUUACUCUGCUCCUACAUUAGGGAAAAAUGGAUCGUUAUAGUUAUUUUACUUUUUUUCUUUUAUAUAUAGUUAUGGAGAUAUGUCUAAGUGACUUUCUUCAAAUCCUGCUUCUUUCUAUAUUCUGUCGAGAACAAUUUCGAUAACUUUUCUAUUUUAAAAUUUAUAACGUAAGGGUAAAACAUUUAUUUUAUUUACUAAGUAUUACAUUUCCAUAUAUAUAUAUUGCUUUUCCAGAUUGUUUUCGUAGACAAAGCCUUCAUUGUCAAUAUAGUGUUUAUUUUGUGUGUUAAUCAAGAAAAUAAUUAUUCCAAGUAUAUUAACUGAAUGUGAUCGGUUAUUGGCUAAUAAACAGAGCGUUACUAG